AUGGGAGGUAAUGCACUGCUCGCAGAAGCAUAUGCUCUGAAAUAUGGGUUGCAGCUAGUGUGGGAGAAGGGGUACAAGAGGGUAAUUUGGAAUGUGGAUUGCAAAGGUCUUCUUCAAGCCUUGAAAGAUGAGGAGAGUAGGAUUUUCUUGCCCAUUCCGGAGGAUAUUAAUGAGUUGAUGGGGCAUCAAUGGUCGGUGGCGGUGAGAAGUAUUGGUAGAGAUUGUAACACUCCGGCGGAUUGGUUGGCGAAAAGAGGGGCUUCCUCUCCGUCCGUGGCGUGGUGCCUCUUGGAUGACCCUCCAUGGGAGUUGGAGAUCCUUAUUCUUAGGGAUCAGCUAGCUAGUUUGUAG